AUGGUUGAGGAAGAGCUAAAGGGUGACCCAUCUGCUCGGCGGCUACCGAGGCAGAAUAUAUUUUUCACGAAUACCGUUUUUUAUACCCUGCUGCGUUUGAUUGAGAUGCUUUAUUCUAGACUUCACCUGUUUAAAGACCUUGCUGCCGAAAUUAUUGCACAAGAUCCCAGAACUCGGAGGCUCAAUCACGUCGGUCCAACAGACCGCCUGCAAAAUGGCGAAACUCCCCGCGCUGAGCAUUACUACGAGUUCAUGCUUGAGUCAUGCGAGCGGCUGUUUGAUAAUGAACUUAAACAACAUGCUUUUGAGGACCAGAUGAGGGGUAUGUUUGGAACUAAGAAUGCCUAUCAGCUGUUUACGAUCGACAAGCUUGUUGGGACGAUCGUCAAGCAGGUGCAAGCUGUGUUCUUAGAUUCGAAGAGUCAAGAUCUACUUGAGAUUCUUAAACGGGAGAGGUCUCUCAACUCUCGGACCACUCAAGACCAGAUAAAUAGCCGACGCAACGCGGAGAAGGUUCUUGGACCUGAUGAGAACCCAUUCCGUAUCGACUGGCUUUCGGAUUCGAAGACGAUCACUAUUCAGCUGAUUGGCAAGGAUUUUUUUUCGUUCCAUUCUAUUCCAUUGGGGCGAAGCCCUAUGCCGGAAUUUACAUACAAGGACUGUCUACGUCUUCUGGCUCUUGUUGGCCGGUCCGAAACUACGCCGGGUAUAUCUCAGACCAGGAUCAAGCGCCCUUUCUUGAGAAGAAACAUCCCUGCUGCCGUUCGAGACACCCCUCCAGACGUCUCAACACAAGAUGGCCUUGAGAUAAAGGUCUGCGUGCGAACAUAUCGGCUAUUCUAUGUGUCAAAACAGAAGACUUCCUGUGGAAGUAUAGGAGCAAAGAGGAGAUGGAGAAGAACUCCCAGCGCUUGA